AUGUCUGAUAAGCCGAUCUUUGUGGCUACACAUCCACGAGCAUGCUCGACAGCCUUUGAGCGAGUCUUCAUGACUCAACGAGAUACUAUUCAAUGUGUCCAUGAGCCAUUCGGCGAUGCAUUCUACUACGGCCCGGAGCGUCUCUCCAGCCGAUUCGCAGGCGAUGAACAUGCACAAGAACGCCUGGACAGUGGAUUCGCCAACUCGACAUAUAGUACCGUGAUGGAUAGGCUCGAGCGAGAAACUACUCAGCCCGAGGCAAUCUGUCCCCUCCCCCCCCCCUCCCUUCCCUUCUACUACAAACUGUAUAUCACAGGCUGGUGCCGAAAUAUUGAACGACCAUGGAGAUCCACGAGGCGGAAUGGAAUGUUUGCACUUUUCGAGGGGAUACUUACCUUGUCACAGGGAAAGAGAAUCUUCAUCAAAGAUAUCGACCACUAUCUGCUUCCACCGAAUGGCCAGCCCGGCAGCAUCGCCCCGUCUCUGCUGCGCGUUAAGCGCGGAGUCGGGACCAACGGUGAGUCGCACAAGGCCAACGGUGUGAACGGUUCCUCAAACGGCACCAACGGCACGGCGAACGGUGUGAACAGUCACGAGAUCAACGGCCACACCAACGGCGUGACCAGCGGAGCUUCCAAAGAACCCUAUCCGUACGACACGCCAGCAGAGCCGGGCAAUCCAACAGUGAUGCCGCGCGAGCUGCAAGAGCAGUUCCACUGGGCGUUCCUAAUCCGCGACCCACAUUAUAGCGUGCCGUCGUACCUGCGGUGCACAAUCCCACCUCUGGACGAAGUGACCGGGUUCCACAACUACGACCCUCUGGAGGCCGGGUAUGACGAGCUGCGGCGGCACUUCGAUUAUCUGCUCGAGAGUGGGUUGAUCGGGCCCCAGGUUGCCACACGAGCGGAUCUGAACGCCCAGGCUGAGCCCCAGGCGACGACUGGCGUUGAGGUGUGUGUCAUCGACGCGGAUGAUAUGCUCGACGAGCCUGCGAAGACCAUCGAGGCUUUCUGCAACAGCGUUGGUUUGCCGUAUAGCCCGGAGAUGUUGACGUGGGAUACGGAGGAGGACCAUGCCGUUGCUCGUAAUGCGUUUGAGAAGUGGCGUGGGUUCCAUAAUGAUGCUAUUGAGUCGAAGGCUCUGGUCCAGAGAGCUCAUAAACGUGCUGUCAAGACUGAGGAGCAGUUUGACGCCGAGUGGCAGAAGAAGUAUGGUGAGAAGCAGGCUGCUCUCAUCCGCCGGACAGUCGACGCCAACAUGGCCGACUACCUGUACCUCAAGGGAUUCGCCGUGAAGGUUUAG